CUGCACUAAAGCAACCUAGAAGUCCAUCUUUAAUGGCGGGCUGGGAAUGUUUUUUCUCCCCUAAUAUGGAGCUAGGAGGCCACCUGCUUGGACCUCAGCCAUCCCAUUAAACGCGGGCGGGCCGGACGAUUACAUCAGGAUCUGCGUAUUGUUCUCGCCCUCCAUGAAAGUUUAGCCAUGCACCAUGUCAUCGUAGUCACUCCUGAAGAGCGUUUUCCUGCAAGGAACGGCAUAGCGAUCUUCUUUGUAGGUCUAUGAUUCUGUGCUUAAAUCGGGUCUUUCCUUGAAUUCUGAUCAUCCCAUCUUUUCCGUCUUUCCAUCUUCUCCUCAGUUCUUCGCACGCUUCAUCCUCCUACCUUGGCACACUUUAUCCAAAAGUCUAUACCUACAAUCCUUGAUCAUACCUACCACCAUCGUAAAUCAGAAUACAGUCAAGUCAUGAAGCUGUCACUACUCGUCAUCGCCGCCCCCGCGGCACAAGCUGCGGUCUCAUACAUGUCAACUGUUCCCGACACGCUUAUGGCCAUGGUCGAGUCAUCAGAAGACUGCAACCUACCCGACGACUUCCAAAUUCAAAACUUUGCCGCCGAGUCAGCGGAUGGCAAGACGACGGACUCGCUCGGCUUUACGUUUAACGACGACAGCACCGUCCUCAACACGCAAUGCCACCUCAACGCCUCAUCAGUGCCGGUGCCUGGUGACGGCCGGACACCGAGGUACGCUUGCGACAACGCUAGUGUGCAGUUCAUCUGGCUGAAUGGCACAAUUACCGUCAUCGAGAAGAUUUGCCCUGGUGACGACGGUGCCGCCGACUACGAGGCGUCCGGGACGGCUGCGGUCCCGUUGGUAUGCGACGGAGGUGCCGCGAAUGGGACGGGCAACGCCGCCAGGUCGCACAGGCGUACAAGGAGGGCCGCCGUUGCAUGCCAGUCUAACUCGGACGACAUCCGAUCGAGAUUCUUCAGCAUCCAGCCGGUUGGUUGAGAGGGCGGGGGAGGAUAAUCAUGGGAUGAACGUAAAAAAGCAAACAAGAAAAGACACAACAGCACUGUUCAUGGAUGAUGAAACAGACAUGAGUGAACGCACGCUGAGAGGUUGUUGGGUUACGGUUACAGAUGUAGGCCCGAAACAGAACCUUUCCUGAUGAGAGGAAAAGCAAAAUGGAAAUUAUUCGUAAUGAAGGCACGAGAACUACCAAAUAGAACAAUCAAUAGACCUAGGCUUCCGCCCACUUUUCGCAUGAGAUGAUCGGAAUUGAAGUCACCCACCCAC